GGUGCAGAAGAUAUAAUAGAGCCAUAGGAUUCUCUCUUUUUCCAUCAGACUUACUGUAGCCUUCCUGAAUCUUACUUAAUUUCGUCUCUUGACAUUUGCACAAUUGCUCAUUUUGCUCAAUAAACAUCUAUAUACCUUGGACAUUUAUCCCCCAGCCCUCCGAUUUUUAAUCUGCCCAACCACCCAUCUGCAUGACCCCCCAGACACAGCAGGAUACACCAGCCAGCUGUUGGAUUAUUGCCACAGCACUAUCUCAUAGGGGAAGGCGUGUCACUCCCCGAAUUACUAGGCGCCCCUUUGUCCUCGGUCGAUGCCCAGCCAGCGACACUCAUGGCUGCUGCACCCGUCAGGCAGCGCUCUGGGCCGGGGGGACCCCGAGCGCAGCUCCCGCCCUGCUAUUACGAAGGCUACCUAGAGACGCGAGGACCGAAAGAAAAGGCAUCCAAGCGUCUAUGGACCUGUCUGUGUGGGAAUGCUUUGUAUUUUUUCAAUAAUGCCAAGGACACUCACUAUGUGGAAAAGUUGGACCUCAGUGGGUUUGUGUCCCUGAAGGAUGACUGUAGCCGGGACAGAAACCUGGAGGCAGCCAGACUCAUUCUGCGCAUGAAGGAUGGAGAGACCAAACUAACAGCACCCAACUUGGAAUCAAGGGAGCUGUGGAAGGGUUUCCUCUACUCUGUCAUAGAUCUGAAUGUACCAUCUUGUCUCACGUUGCUGCCGGGUCAGCUACAGAUGCUGAAAGAGGUGGUGGACAAAGAAAGGUCCAGGCGGAGAACUCGCACUCCCACACGAGCUCCUCCUUCACCUCUUUCCGUUCCUUUAGUUGGAGAAAUCCCACCGUGUUUUCGACCGGUGUCCCGAACAGAGGCUGAAGUCCUUUUAGAGAGACACCCAGACUGUGGCAACAUGCUGCUCCGUCCAGGUAGAGAUGGAUGCUCACUGGCUGUCACCACCCGACAGGACCUCAACGGAUCAGUUUUCAGACAUUACCGUGUGACUCAGAGGGACCAAGGUGGUUAUGUCAUUGAUGUAGAAAAUCCAAUUCCCUGUGCUACACUUCAUGAGGUCAUCGAUGCCCUGGUUGAGAAGACAGCAGGAACUCUGCAACCUUUCCUACUGGAGGAGCCUUAUGAAGAGAAUAUCACAUAUGUUUCUGCCAAUGAUGAAAAUGGAGAGAGGAUUCUCCACACUGCCCCUUCCAGCCCCCUGCCAAAGGCUCCUGCACUGCCCCCAAAACAAGAUCGUUGGUGCAGUAGCCCCCUGUCCAGAUCCCCCGCCCCAGACCGCCGUAUCCUGACCUCACCAGUGCCGGCCUCGCCCACCAACCCAAUGAGACGUCUCAUUCUCUCCCCAUCGCCUCUCGCACAGACACUCAAUGAGGAACUCAAAAUGAAGCUGGAGAAGAGACGAGCCAGUCAGGAGUGAAGGAUCAACCUCCUGUCGCAGCUCAGCCAAUCUUCAGUGCCAAACCCCUUCUCACCGCAGCUAUGUAUUCAUCCUGUGCCUUCUAGGUGGAACACAAGGGACUACAAAUUACCGCCACCUUCUCAUAGGGAGCUUCAGGAUGUUCCGACUUUCAUUAGUUUUGGUCUUGAUGUGUAUGUCCUUAAGAGCAAGACUGGUUGGUAAACACUGGAUUAGAUUCAUAUAACCUCACAUGCUGCCUGCCUGCCUUGGUUGGGUAACAAUCCACUAGUGCUUUGCAAUAUGACUGGCAGCUGAAAACCUGUCGAAGAAGCACCGACACAUACCAGACCACCUACUGAGCCUGAUGUUUUCCUUUCUGAGCCCGUGUCUGUGUGCCGCUGGUGUUACUGCUGCAACACCAGAGACCGAGAGCAAACAAACCACUGAUUGCCAAGAUCAACACCAGAGCGUCAAACUGUGACCUGACACCUGAACUGAAACUUGAUCUACUCCAAAAGUAAAUUAAGCCAAGCACAGUCAGGUUUCAGCUCAGACAAUAUCCUCAUUCACCUCUUUACGUGUGACAUGACGGAAAAAUCAUCUGAAUACAGACCACAAACUGAAAAUUGCACAAUCUCCACCUGCUGCUCUGAGUGCUAUUAGUGUUUGAUAAGCAACCAUUAAUGUAAUGUUGAUUUAAUGACACUGCUGUGACUCAGUUUAAAUCAUUACUGUGCUGUCAGUGCUUAUUUUCAAGUGUUUCCUUAUUCUCUGCUACUGUGUAUGUGCUACUGUAUGGUGCUAUGGCUCACCAGUGGUCAGACCUGCCUAAAAACCCCAGGUGAUGUCUGUUCCUCUUCAAGAAAAUCAAUCUACUGUAUUUAUAUGCAAGGGUGCCCUCUAGUGGAAUGGAUGUCAACUAAAUGGGAUUGAGCAUAUUUGAUGUGAAACUUUAUCAGCACAGUCUGAGUAUUAACACGCGAACAAAACACUUGAGAUAAACCAAACCUUUACUGCUGCAGACUGAACCUGGCCUUGACUUUUGGCUGUAUCACACCCUCUGCCCUACCUCUUCCUUUGAUGACAAAAGUAUUACAGAUCUGACAGUGAUUAAACAAUGAUAAGUAUUUAUUCUCAUGGGCAACUAAUUUAUUUGAAGUGUCUGAGUACUAGUGGCAAGCUGUGAUCAACUGACUUAAAGUGUCUUCUUACAAUGAACGGUUCUUUGUAUGUUUGUACAAUAAGUGUUGUGACUACUUGAUCACUAUCAAAGAAUAGUGUUUGUUAGAUAUUGAGGGCAUUAAAUUGUUUUGCAUGGAUGUCAUUUGUCCUUGUGGUGAACUGAUUGCCCAUGCUUUCUCAAACGUCCUUCCCCAUCCCCAAGUGACAGUCUCUUAGGUGCAAGUCAUUGAUUGAAACCUUGAUUUCCUGUAACAGGAGAAUGAGGAAAUUAGAUAAUGUUGGAAUAAAUCAAU